AUGGACCACACUUGUCAGAUCCAAGAUGAUGAGCUUGAAGCGAAGUUUCUCGAGGAGAAAGCUGCACUUGAAGCUAAAUACCAGCAACUGUAUGAACCAUUCAAUACAGAGAUCUUAAAGCGUGACCAAGAAACUUUGAAUUACCUCAAGAUAUCAAGUGGUGCAGGAUUCAUAACCAGAAGUGUUUUAAGCUUCACUUCUUUGAUACAAAACCUUUUCUCAGGAGUUCUUCUUGUUUGUUCAUUUGAUGUGCGAUGUCUUGCAGAACUGACAGAAUGGCAUCCAGAAGUAUGUGAAGAUGAUGACGACAAUGAUGAAGAUGUUGCAGAGGCUCUUGGAAGGGAUGAAUUUGAAGAUAUUGAAGAAGAUGAGGAUGAAGAUGAAUAA